GCCCCUGAAAGGCGCGGACCCGGCGGGACGCACCCAGUCUUGCACCACAGUUCGCUCCCGCCGCCGCCGCCAUGCCCAAGUGCCCGAAGUGCGACAAGGAGGUGUACUUCGCCGAGCGGGUGACCUCCCUGGGCAAGGACUGGCACCGACCCUGCCUCAAGUGUGAGAAGUGUGGGAAGACGCUGACCUCCGGGGGCCACGCCGAGCAUGAAGGCAAGCCCUACUGCAACCACCCCUGCUACUCAGCCAUGUUCGGACCCAAAGGCUUUGGGCGCGGCGGAGCGGAGAGCCACACUUUCAAGUGACCCCAGGUGGUGGAGGCCCCUUCGCCAUCGCCCACUGGGCCACACCCUCGGAUGCCCUGGGCUCCCGCGUGGCCCCGUAUGCACUCAAUAAACCUGAGCACUUGGGAA